GCCCGCCGCCUCCACUGGGGCGGGGCCCUGGCCCAGGACCAGCCGCCGCGGCUAUAAAGGGGCUGCGGCGAGGGCAGCAGAACGCUGUGCCAGCCACACGCCCCGAAGCCUCCAAGAUGAGCUACACGCUGGACUCGCUGGGCAACCCGUCCGCCUACCGGCGGGUAACCGACACCCGCUCGAGCUUCAGCCGCGUCAGCGGUUCCCCGUCCAGCGGCUUCCGCUCGCAGUCAUGGUCCCGCGGCUCGCCCAGCACCGUGUCCUCCUCCUACAAGCGCAGCGCGCUCGCCCCGCGCCUCGCCUACAGCUCGGCCAUGCUCAGCUCCGCCGAGAGCAGCCUCGACUUCAGCCAGUCCUCGUCCCUGCUUAACGGCGGCUCUGGGCCGGGCGGCGACUACAAGCUGUCCCGCUCCAAUGAGAAGGAGCAGCUGCAGGGGCUGAACGACCGCUUCGCGGGCUACAUCGAGAAAGUGCACUACCUAGAGCAGCAGAACAAGGAGAUCGAGGUGGAGAUCCAGGCGCUACGGCAGAAGCAGGCCUCGCACGCCCAGCUGGGCGACGCGUUCCACCAGGAGAUCCGCGAGCUGCGCGCCACACUGGAGCUGGUGAACCACGAGAAGGCUCAGGUGCAGCUGGACUCGGACCACUUGGAAGAGGACAUCCACAGGCUCAAGGAGCGCUUCGAGGAGGAGGCACGGCUGCGCGACGACACCGAGGCGGCCAUCCGCGCGCUGCGCAAAGACAUCGAAGAGUCGUCGCUGGUCAAGGUGGAGCUGGACAAGAAAGUGCAGUCGCUGCAGGAUGAGGUGGCCUUCCUGCGAAGCAAUCACGAGGAGGAGGUGGCCGACCUGCUGGCCCAGAUCCAGGCGUCCCCACGUCACCGUGAGCGCAAAGACUACCUGAAGACAGACAUCUCGUCGGCGCUGAAGGAGAUCCUCCAGCUCGAAUGCCACUCGGACCAGAACAUGCACCAGGCCGAAGAAUGGUUUAAGUGCCGCUACGCCAAGCUCACCGAGGCAGCCGAGCAAAACAAGGAGGCCAUCCGUUCCGCCAAGGAAGAGAUCGCCGAGUACCGGCGCCAACUGCAGUCCAAGAGCAUCGAGCUCGAGUCGGUGCGCGGCACCAAGGAAUCCCUGGAGCGGCAGCUCAGCGACAUCGAGGAGCGGCACAACCACGACCUGAGCAGCUACCAGGACACCAUCCAGCAGUUGGAAAAUGAGCUUCGGGGCACAAAGUGGGAAAUGGCUCGUCAUUUGAGAGAAUACCAGGAUCUCCUCAACGUCAAGAUGGCUCUAGAUAUCGAGAUCGCUGCAUACAGGAAACUCCUGGAGGGUGAAGAGACCAGAUUUAGCACAUUUGCAGGAAGCAUCACUGGGCCGCUGUAUACACACCGACAGCCCUCCAUCACAAUAGCCAGUAAGUUUCAGAAAACCAAGGUAGAGGCUCCCAAGCUAAAGGUCCAACACAAAUUUGUCGAGGAGAUCAUAGAGGAAACCAAGGUGGAAGAUGAGAAAUCAGAAAUGGAAGAAGCCCUGACGGCCAUUGCAGAGGAAUUGACAGUUUCCAUGAAAGAAGAGGGCAAGGAAGAAGAGGCUGAAGAAAAGAAAGAGAAAAAAGAAGCCGAAGAAGAAGUUAUAGCUGCCAAAAAGUCUCCGGUGAAAGCUGUGGCACCUGAACUUAAAGGAGAGGAGGAAGAGGGCAGAGAGGAAGAGGAGGAAGAGGAGGGCGCUAAGUCAGACCAAGCUGAGGAAGGAGGCUCUGAGAAGGAAGUUUCUAGUGAAAAAGAGGAAGGUGAGCAGGAAGAGGAAGGAGAAACAGAGCCUGAAGGUGAAGGAGAGGAAGCCGCCGAAGCUAAGGAGGAAAAGAAAAUGGAGGAAAAGGGUGAAGAAGUGGCUCCCAAGGAGGAGCUGGUGGCAGAAGCCAAGGUGGAGAAGCCAGAGCCAGCCAAGUCCCCGGUGCCAAAGUCACCCGUGGAAGAGGUGAAGCCCAAAGCAGAAGCUGGAGCCGAGAAAGGAGAACAGAAAGAGGAGGAAGGGAAAGUGGAGGAAGAAAAGAAGGAAGAAGCAAAGGAAGCCCCCAAGGAAGAGAAGGGAGAGAAAAAGGAGGAGAAGCCAAAGGAUGUGCCAGAGAAGAAAAAGGCUGAAUCCCCAGUGAAGGAGGAAGUCGUGGAGGAGGCGGUCGCCAAGUCAGUAAAGGUGAGCUUGGAGAAGGAGGCCAAAGAGGAGGAAAAGCCACAGCAGCAGGAGAAGGAGAAAGAGAAGGAGAAGGAGAAAGAGAAGGAGAAGGAGAAAGAGAAGGAGAAGGAGAAAGAGAAGGAGAAGGAGAAAGCAGAAGAGGUGGGGAAGAAGGAGGAGGGAGGUUUGAAGGAUUCCAGGAAGGAAGACAUGGCCAUCAAUGGGGAGGUGGAAGGGAAAGAGGAGCAUGUGCAGGAAGCUAAGGAGAAGGGCAGUGGGGGAGAAGAGAAGAAAGGGGUUGUCACCAACGGGCUAGACUUGAGCCCAGCAGAUGAAAAGAAGGGUGGUGAUAGAGGUGAGGAGAAAGUGGUGGUCACCAAAAUGGUAGACAAAACCACCAGUGAGGGGGGAGAUGGUGCUACCAAGUAUAUCACCAAGUCUGUAACCGUCACUCAAAAGGUCGAAGAGCAUGAAGAGACCUUUGAGGAGAAAUUAGUGUCUACCAAAAAGGUAGAGAAGGUCACUUCACACGCCGUAGUAAAGGAAGUCACCCAGAGUGACUAAUAGAUGAGUUCAUCGCAAAAGGUUAAGCCAUAUGACAAUUUCAAAAUGCAUGUGAUUGACAGCUUCAAAACAGAACGGGUUCUCCCAUGGGGGCUCCAGGCAUUGUAUUUUACUUUGUGCAAUAUGAGGGACCUGCAUGCAAGCCCAGGGUGCUCCCUCCCCAGUGUUUGGGCGAUUCGAAUGCAUGAUACUGUAGGUACCUGGGGAAGUGGCCAAUUUCCUAAGCUGUUGGAAGGGGGGCGCUUGGGGGGAUGUCUUGAGGUAUAUUAUGCAAAGAACCAACUGAGCCAAAAAUAAUAAAUGAAACACAGAACUCUCUUAGCCUUAAGAAAGCUAUAUUAUGAAUAAUUAUGUUUACCUCACUGGUGCAUUUAAAAAGGACUUUUGUUCAUGGGAGAACCUCGUUGACAUGCAGUUUGCAACUUUUCGUUGAUUGAUGUUAAACGUCACAGCAGUAGUUGCUCAAUAAAGGUCAUAUUGGAAACAUA